AUGAAAACUGAACCAAAGUUGACAACUUCUUUAAAUGUAAAUACAAGUGCUAUAACUGAAUCUAUCACAGAUAAAGUUAAAUCAAAUCCAACCAACUUAAUACAUUUAAAAUUUAGUAAUGAUCCCGCACAUUGGGUAGUUAACUCUGAUCUAAUUUCUUAUUUUUCUGAAAAUAUUCCUAUUCAAAAUGUAGAUGCAGAUUUAACUGUAUCUGCUAGACAAUUUGGUACAAAAACAAGAUAUUUUAGAAAGGAAUAUUUUUCACGAGCAUUAGGAAAUGUUUUAAAACGAGUUAUAGCAGUAAUUAAAUUUUUAUCGUCUAGAGGAUUAGCUUUUAGAGGAGAUUCGGAAAUAUUUGGCUGUCCAAAAAAUGGUAAUUAUUUAGGUUGCCUUGAACUUCUUUCUAAUUUUGAUCCUUUUCUUGAAGAGCACAUAAAAAAGUUUGGAAAUCCAGCGCAUAUUGAUCAAUUAACGAUUAUUAUUCGUUACACCACCAUUGGUCGAGGAAAAGUCGUAGAGAGGUUUCUUGGUUUUGUUCCUAUCGAACAGCAUGAUGGUAAAUAUCUUUUUGAUGUAUUAAAUAAAAUGCUCAACGAUAACAAUAUUGGCAUAUCAAAAUGCCGUUCUCAGUCUUAUGAUAACGCCAGUAAUAUGAGUGGAAUAUACUCAGGAGUUCAAGCUCGUUUUCGUGAAAUAAAUAAAUUAGCAGAGUGGGUUCCUUGUGCCGCUCAUAGUUUAAACUUAGUAGGAUCUGUUACUGUUGAAUGUUCAUCGCCUCAAAGAUGGUCAAUAAUUUUAAAAAAUAUAAAAGAAUCUGUUUUUGUAGUAAAAAGUCUAUCUGAAACAAGAUGGUCUGCUCGAAAAACACAGCCUCCUACUGCUGUUAAUGAAGCUAAGUCUCUUGUUAAAAAACUUAAUCGUCUCGAAACUGUUCUCAUGUCCAUUAUUUGGAAUGACAUUUUACAACAAGUUAAUAUUGUAAACAAAUCGUUACAAACACCUGGUAUUGAGAUCUAUACAGAUCUUAACCUUUAUAAUAGUCUUCUAUCAUAUUUUAAAAAUAUGAGAAGCGCCGAAGAAUUUGAUUUAUUUGAAGAAAAAGCAAAAAUAAAAGUUUCCGGUUUGUCGGAUUAUUCUGAAUUAGAAUCUAGAAAACGUAAAUAUAAAGUCUCAGUAUAUGAUGGUAGUGCAAUUGAUGCUGUAGAUCAAAUGAGUGCUAGAGAUAAAUUCAAAAUUCAAACAUUUUAUGUUAUAAUUGACAAAUUGAUUGUAGAAAUGGAAAAACGAAAAAAAGCUUAUUUAAGAUUAGACGAAAGAUUUAAUUUUUUAACCAACGAUAAUUUGAAAGAUGAAGAAAUAAAAAUAAAGGCAAAUAAUUUAGUUGAAGCCUAUAAAACUGAUUUGGAAUCUGCAUUUGUAAAUGAAUUUUUAAUUUUUAAGAGUUUUCGAGAAAGUGGAAUGUCUGUCAAUGAAAUGCUAAUAAAACAAAUAAAUACUAAAAUGGUAACAAGUUUCCCAAAUGACGCAUUUGCAUUUGGCAUGGUUAAUCAACUAUUCCAAAAACAUUACAUGUAG